AUGUUGACAAAUGGUUACCCGGUGUUUGGAGGACGACGAUCAGACGGGAGCGUUCAACUAACUGCCAACGAGGAAGGCGGGACAAGUAAGAGCAGCGACCCAGGCGGGGAGCGAUUAAAAGACGGGGAGUGGCCGAACAUCGCCCGCGGUGCUCGGUUGAGGGAGCAGAACAACAAUGAUAUGCUGAGCGUCGCCUUGCUGUGCGUGUGCGCCGUCGCCCUCGGACGCGUCUCCGCGGGUUCCGACAGCGGCAAUUUUUUGGAUGAUAAGUGGCUCGUCGGAAGAUGGGAUAAAUUCAGAGAUGAGCCAGGAACAUGGAUGCCAUCCAAGCCCUUUGAUCAAGGCCUUGAUCCCACCAAAGACCCAUGUCUGAAGAUCAAAUGUGGCCGCCACAAGGUGUGUGUGGCUGAGGACUAUAAAACAGCCACUUGUGUCAGCCAGAGGCGGGUUAGCUUUAAAGACACCAGUUUGUACCAGAGUCCCGGCUCAAAGUGCAAACCCUGCCCUGUGGUCCACCCUUUCCCUGUUUGUGGAACCGAUGGCCACACCUACUCCACCAAGUGCAAGUUAGAGUACCAGGCAUGCAUCACUGGCAAGAAGAUUGCUGUCAAGUGCGCUGGCAUGUGUCCUUGCCCCGCUCAGCCUGAAGAGAGCUCCACAGAGAGGAAAGUGUGCAGCGAGUUUGAACUCAAGGAGGUAGUGAGCCGACUGAGAGACUGGUUUAGAGUGCUACAUGACAACGGCAACCACAAGAGAGACAAGAUCCAGAAGAACAAAUUUGAGGUCCGGGCAUCACCUGUAUGCAAAGAUCCUUUCGGGUGGAUGUUCUCCCGCCUGGACACAAACUUUGACCUCCAGCUGGACCAAUCAGAGAUCAAGAGCCUCUACCUGGACAGGAACGAGCCUUGCUCCGACGCGUUCUUCAAGUCAUGUGAUACGCAUGCCAACAAAGUUAUUUCCAGCUCUGAGUGGUGCACCUGUUUCCAGAGGUACACAGACUCCCCUUGUAAAGCUGAGCUGUCAACCAUCGGCAAGAAGCAAGUGGGAAAGAAGCUGCUCGGCCAAUAUCUGCCCUCCUGCAGUGAGGACGGUUACUAUCGCUCGCACCAGUGCCACAGCAGCAGCGGCCAGUGCUGGUGCGUGGAUCGCUAUGGCAACGAGCUGGCGGGCUCGCGCACCCAUGGUCCAGCUGACUGCGGUGUGAUUUUAGAAUCUUCCGGAGAUCUCGGUAGCGGAGACUCGCUGAACACCGACGACGAUGACGAUUCCUUCGUCCUCACUGACCAGGCUGGAAUGGAUGAUGAGGAUGAGGAUGACGAGGAUGACGAGGACGACGAAAAGAAAAAAAGAGAAACUGUUUGUUUGGUCAAACUGCACCUUUCUAGGCGACUCCCCAGGCAGAUACUUCAUCGUACUAACAGCCUAAGGACUAAUCUCUGUAUUCUUUGUUUUUAUAUCUAUAUACUUUUAAUUUCAAUUUCUGACUACAAAAUACUGUUGAGUAAUGGCAUUUGUUCCCCUGAGUGGUAUUGCCAACAAUGUCAGCCAAUCCAGCACUUUGGAUGUGUCCACAUGUGCAAAGAGCUCCCCUUUCAUUGGACAUUCAUGUCCUCUAGUGUGUCCUGUCCUUGUACACCACUCUGUGUGUUGAUGCCUGAGGCGCGCUAUUUAAGAGAUUUGCCCCCCCCCCCCCCCCCCUCUUCAUCCCUCUCUCUCCUCCUUAUCUAAUGUUCCUGUGUAUAGGUGGGGAUGUUGAUGAUGUAGAUAAGAGAAUAUUGCACUCUUUAGGUCUCUUUUCGUCUCCAUUCGUAACUUUGACUGUGUGGAAAAACAAGAUAAGGGUCGGAUACGCUUCUUUGUUGGAAGAGUUGAGACAAAAACACGGCGUUAAACGUUGGGAACCUAUAUUUAAAAUCAAAUAAAAAAAAAAAUCAAAUCAUCUCAAAAGGCUCAGCCUAGUGCUUAGAGGGAGGGAAAAAAGCCAGAGGCGUCGAGAGUGAAAAUGAUGAUGUAUUUUUCUAAUCCAUUGUUGGAUGAUUACAGAGGAUUUGUUGUAGCAUGUCCAAACGCCGCGUGACGUUGCAGCAGCCAACUUCAAAAUAGCGUGUACACACUGAAGCACGCCUAGCAACAAAUCACAUAAAAGAUGUUUACUGAGCUUAAACUAAAUAAAAACAUGCUGUACAGUAGAUGUUAUGCAUUUUUAUUUUUGGGAGUUUCAUUCGAUUUGAAAAGAGAAGAAAUGUGUUGUACAGUAAAAGAACCACAGAGCCAUGCGAGGUGAGGGAAAGGUGAAGGUGUGCCUUUUUCAAGCGGGGACAGGUGACGGUCAAAGCAGGUGACGUACGCUUACUGGACUGAACCUGACUUAAGCUGAUCUGAUCGGGAAACUAUGUGAGAGGGACUUUGCUGUCUUGCUUUUCUCUUACUACAGCUGCCGUUCUCCUUUUAUUUUAUUUUUCGUAGGAUCGCAAAGACGAAGAGAAGCACACAAGCUAUUUAGGGACUAAAGAUGUUAGAUUCAACUGGAUUUCCAUGUUUUAUACUGUAUAUUAGUAGGCCUACACUAGGUAGGGAAGAAAAAAAGGUUGGCUUCGACAGCUUGAUAUGGAAACAAGACUUAGUGUUGAUUUGCAUUUGCGCUAGCCAGCUAUAAUAACCGGUAAAUGAGCCUAGAUGCAGAUCUGGGCGAUAUUUGAUCCACCCCGGGUGCUCGCAACCCAUGCUAGCCUACGCCACUCUUCUCAAUUGAUAUUUUUUGUAUCCCACCUGGGAUACAUAGUCGCUCAUGUCUAUUGUCGGUCAAAAUUGGUAUCCCUUUCUUUAAGUAAGUUUUUUUUUUCUAACAAAGCCUCAUUAGUUUUUUUUUAUUUAUUUUUUUACAGCACUUAUCAUAAACAAUUGUAGGGUUUCCACUGUGGGACACAUUGUGGUCAUCUACAACCAUGCAUUUCUAGUCAAACUGUUAGUUUUCUCGACAUUUCUAAAGUGUGCCAUCUAAAGUAACACGUGACCCUAAUAGUUCUAGGUUUGAAUCUCUUAACACGGAAUUCCACUUAACAUCAAGAAAUUCUAAUUAAUAAUUCUACUUGAAACUUGAUAGGGCUUAGCAUUAGACACUGCAGCUAUUUUCAACACUGUCAUCUUGGUUUUGUGUCUAAAGCUUUCUGGCCAUACAGUUUUGUUUUGAUUGUUUUUGUUUUUGUUUUUUUACACUGUGUACCUACGAUUUGUUGAAAUAAAAAGCUGUAUUGACCAAUA